GUUUUAGUUCUUUGUAGAAUCUCAAAAGUCUGUCACCAUGGUGUUAGCAGAUUUGGGCAGAAAGAUCACUUCUGCCCUGAAAUCGCUGAGCAAUGCGACCAUCAUCAAUGAGGAGGUGCUGAAUAGCAUGCUCAAAGAUAUAUGUGCUGCUCUGCUAGAGGCUGAUGUGAACAUCCGACUGGUGAAACAGCUCAGAGAGAAUGUCAGAUCUGUUAUUGAUUUUGAUGAGAUGGCCGGAGGUCUCAACAAGCGUCGCAUGAUCCAGUCAGCUGUGUUCAAAGAGCUUGUGAAGUUGAUCGAUCCUGGUGUGAAGGCCUGGCAACCCAGUAAAGGCAGGAACAACGUCAUUAUGUUUGUUGGUCUGCAGGGAUCUGGAAAGACCACAACUUGCACAAAGCUGGCCUACUACUAUCAGCGAAAAGGCUGGAAGACUUGCCUGAUCUGUGCUGAUACUUUCCGUGCUGGAGCUUUCGACCAGCUCAAACAGAACGCUACCAAAGCCAGAAUUCCGUUCUACGGAAGCUACACAGAGAUUGAUCCUGUGGUGAUAGCCCAGGAGGGUGUGGACAAGUUCAAAGAUGAAAACUUUGAGAUCAUCAUCGUGGACACCAGUGGUCGACACAAGCAGCAGGAUUCUCUGUUUGAAGAAAUGUUGCAAGUGGAGCAGGCUGUCCGGCCAGACAAUAUCAUUUUUGUGAUGGACGCUACCAUUGGUCAGGCUUGUGAAGUCCAGGCAAAAGCUUUCAAGGACAAAGUAGAUGUGGCCUCUGUGAUCAUCACAAAGUUGGACGGUCAUGCUAAAGGUGGUGGAGCUCUCAGCGCUGUUGCAGCUACCAAAAGCCCUGUGAUAUUAUUUGAACCGUUCAAAGUGCAGCCUUUUGUCAGCAAACUCUUGGGAAUGGGUGACAUUGAGGGUCUCAUAGACAAAGUGAAUGAGCUGAAGCUGGAUGACAAUGAAGAACUCAUGAAGAAGUUGAAACAUGGUCAGUUUACCUUGAGAGACAUGUACGAACAAUUCCAGAACAUCAUGAAAAUGGGACCUUUCAGUCAAAUUAUGGGUAUGAUCCCAGGAUUCAGCUCAGACUUUAUGACCAAGGGCAGUGAACAGGAGUCGAAGGCUCGCCUGAAAAAAUUGAUGACAAUCAUGGACAGUAUGAAUGACCAGGAACUGGACAGCUUGGAGGGGGAGAAACUGUUCUCUCGCAGCCAAGGCCGAGUGAAUCGUGUGGCGAGGGGAGCUGGUGUCUCGGCUCGUGAGGUCAACGAACUUCUCACUCAGUACAAGAAGUUUGCCCAGAUGGUCAAGAAAAUGGGAGGCAUCCGGGGACUCUUUAAGGGCGGUGACAUGAACAGGAAUGUGAACCAGGGUCAGAUCACAAAACUGAACCAGCAGAUGGCCAAGAUGAUGGACCCGCGGGUCUUGCAACAAAUGGGUGGCAUGCAAGGCCUACAGAGUAUGAUGAAACAGUUCCAACAGGGGGCUUCUGGCAAGUUUGGCAACAUGUUCAACUUCACGGACAGAUAAUUGUGUCGGCAGACUGCUGUGGCGUUGAAGCGUGAUGUUGUAUCGUGGUGUGUCUGUGAUGGUGUGAGACAAGAGUGGGUUGGGCUGUUGUGGCGGUGUGUGUGUUGGUCAAUGGAUUUUGUGCUGAUGUCAAUUUGUGUUUUUUCAAAGGGUGUUUUGUGUUGUAGACGCAGGAUUAAUUUGUUGUAUUAGUAAGAUGAGGUGUGUAGUGUAUUGUUUUUUUGUGAAAUAAUGACGGGGGGGGGGGUUGUUUACUGGUCAGGGGAUAACUAUGAAGGGCGAUUUCUUUUUGGUGUAGUUUUGUUUUUUGUUUGGGUUUUUUUCUUGUUGUUUUUUUGGUGUAGUUUUUUUAGGGGAAGAUAAUUUGUUUUUGACACAGGGUGUUUGUUCAGUAUUGUAAGCCAAAGAAGGGGGCUGCAUAGGUUUAAUUUUGUGUACUUACAGGGAUCAUUUAAUCUUUUCUUAAGGUCAUCUGACUGUAGAAGAUUGUCAUUGACACAUGAAGAUCAUUUUCUGGUGGUCUGUCAUUUCCUAAAUUUGACCUGAAAUUUUUUAGCCUUGUGAUGCAGAGGACAUGUGCAGUGCCCAGGAUUCAUGUGAAUUUCACCUUAGUUUUGUCAUGUAGUUUUGAUCAUCAUAAGUUUUCGAACCCUUUAAGGGCGUUUGUUCUACAUAAUAAUAGUGAGGAGAUAAAGACGCUUAUCACAACAAGCAUGAUAUCCCUAUGUCACGUAUCUUUGCCUGUCAAACUGUAAAACAAAUCAAAUCUAUAUUUACUGUGUUGUAUGUGUGUAUCUUAUGUGUGUAUUUAAAACUUUUUUUUUGAGUAUUGUGUUCGGACAGACAGUGCACUCGUGGGAAUGCUGGCUGGUAGUGAGUAUGCAAGGUGCGGUUCUGUACAUUUACAAUUUUUGUUUUGGGCAAUUGCUACAUCUGUCAUGAAUAAUGACUGAAUUCUAAAUGAUUUAGACUGCCUUGACAGUGACUUUUGUGACUUUAUUUUUCAUAGAUGUAGAUGCCUGAAUGCAAUUUGUGUUGUCGUUAUGGAGAGAAAAUGUGUUGAUAAAGAUGAGUGAAAAGAAAGAAUGCUUUAUUUCUCAAAUCAAUUUAUCUUUUUUCUUUCUGUUUUUGGUGGUUAUUUUUCAAUGAUUCUUAGGAUGCAAAGGAUGUGGUUUCCUUAGGUGAAGGAUGUUCAAUUUUAAGUGCAGUUUUUGUGUGAAACAUGCUCAGAUUUGUAUGUUUUUGGUUGUUGUUUUCUCUUCAGCCCUUUUUUUCUGAAAAUGUUUCCUCCUUGUAAGUCCUAUGAACUUAAUGAAAUGGUUUUCAACUGGGUUGGCUGGUGUAUUUUAAAAAGUUGCGGGGAAAUAAAUAUAUUAUAUCAAGGCUUGCAUUCAUAGACAGCUGCUUAUGACUGGCCUUAGUUUGGCGUGUCAGGAGAGCUGAUGCUGUCAGAUUCUGUUGACAAAUUUUUGAGCAGACAUAAUGUCAUCUGUGCAUGUUGGAAAACAUGUCUCUGUGUUAGAAUACACAACUGAGAAGCUUGCUUUGCAACUUGAACUAUGUGAAACAGUGUUCAAGCUCAGAAAACUUGUGGGUUCAGCCACUGAUUUUAUCCCCUGUACUCGAUACAUUUUUUUAUUGUCUUAUAAUAUAUAUAUAUGGAGUGGAGUGUGACCAAAAGGUCACAGGACUUGGAAUAAAUAGAAGCUUUUACUGUUGUGGUGACUAAAGUUAGUCUUUCUUCAGCAGGGAAGCAACAGUCUUUUUCCUGAGUACAAAAGCACUAUUUAUUUUAUCAGAAUUUUAUUGAAUAAUGUAGACAUGGGCAAACUAUGGCUUGCAGGCCAGAUCCAAUCCACAAGCAAUUUCAGUAUUUUGAAACCUGCAACCCAGUAAUUAAUAGUGAAUGUGGCCUGUUAUGGGUUUAUAAUUGAUAAAAACAAAAGUGUUGGUCUUGAAAAUUAGAGUCCAUUUUUGUGACCCAAUGUCAGCAAUGGAUCUAAUAUUUUAUCCCAUGAAAUGACCUUGAGUGACACACUAAAUUGUGUGUUUUGUCUAAUUUUUUUAUUUCAACCGAUUUCACCCAAUUGUCUUUUGCUUUGGCCCAUGAAAUAUUCGAAAUGGCUUAUUCUGGCCUGUCAUUUGGACAUUCUUGCCCAUGCUUGAUUUAAUUUAAUGGUUUCUGGCUAAGCUAUUAUAUUUUUUUUCUUCAAGUGGUGAUAGAAGUUGUAUUAAUUGUCCUGUUAAUGUGUGUUGUAAUUAUUUUAAUUUUCAAUGAAGUUUGUGACAUCACUGAAAUCUUGUCACUACAAGUAUUUUUAAUGAUAAAUGAUAAGAGUCCUUUGAAAUAAACUUCAGUCACACUCA